AUAAGCUGACAUCGCUAAAAAAAAGUUGCAAAUACAGCUCAGUUUGUUAUUUUGUGUUGCUAGUUUUGAAACUGGAAUUGUGCGAUAAGGAAACCUAAAAGCAGAGCGGAAAAAUGUUUAAUGGUUCACCGCAUCCACGUUAGCCAGCUCAUCCGCCAAGUACAAAGUUCAAGCAGCAUCCGCAGCACUCCAUACCUCACUCUUGAGUCAUGUCGUGGAUGGCCUUUGGAGCCCUGGCCUCCGGGUUUGUUCUUCAGCGCCUGCUGGGAGGCGACCAGCCGGCCAAUAAGGUAUUGGAGAUAAAGAGUGAAUCACUAGGAACCCUGCAGGUUAUCGCUCGCGAUGACGCGAUGGUAUUGUUUGCACCACCCUACAACAGCAAUGAUAAGCGUGCUGUCUAUGAGAUCAUCCUGCAGCGACCCACCUCGGAUUCCAAUACCACAUCCUUUAGCCUAUACCGCUCACCAGUGCUGCAGGAUGCCGAAGAGCGCUACAAUGCCUUUAUGCAAAGGCUGCCCGUAUUCGUCAGCAUUGUCAAAGAGUACUACAAUGUUAAUGGCCUGCAAAAAGCCUGCGAUGCCCUGGCCGAGAAUCCUUCCUGGACGCUUUCCCAUUUGAUUGCCUACUUCAACCUGAUCGACUAUAUCAGCAAUCCCAAGAUGUUGCAGUGCGUGGACCAGGCGGAUCCCACCUGCAUGAUGUCGCCAUUUCAACUGGCCAUCAAACAGGGCCACAUAGAGAUGGUGAAGGCUUUGCUGCCCUUGAGCAAGCUGGAACACUUAGAUAUCAACAGCAAUUCGGUGUUUCACUACGCCGCCAGCACCACCAAAGAGAUAAUCAAUCUUAUCACUGACAAAAGCACAGUGAACUUGAAUCACCUUAAUUCGGAUGGAUAUACACCCCUUCAUAUAGCCUGCCUCGCCGACAAGCCGGAAAAUGUGAAGGCGCUUCUCCUGUCUGGCGCCGAUGUUAAUCUCAAUGCUAAGAACAUCACAAAGCUGCACAAGACGUCCGCACCCACUUCGGUGUCCUCGUUUCUGCGUACGAAUGUAAGCAAGCUUUACACACAAGACAUGAAAUAUGGCGGCACUCCUCUGCAUUGGUGUUCCUCCCGUGAAACCCUACAUGCCCUCAUAAUGGAGGGCUGUGAUGUCAACUCCACGAACUUUGAGGGACGCACCGCUUUGCAUGUGAUGGUGGCCAGGAAUCGUUUUGAGUGCGUAGUGACUCUGCUGGCCCACGAUGCGGAUAUCGAUGUGCUAGACAAUGAGGGAAAUGCAGCUCUUCACAUCGCCAUCGAAAAGAAGUUGGUGCCGAUUGUCCAGUGUUUGGUGGUUUUUGGGUGUGACAUCAACUUGAAAAGCAAGGAUGGCAAAACUCCCCGCCACAUGGUGGGCAAUGAUGCCAGUGGCAACAAGGAAGACGAAAUCCUCUACAUACUACACUCUGUGGGAGCCAAACGCUGUAGGGAGACUGGCUCAAAGUGUCCGCCAGGAUGCAACGCCAGGGGCAACUAUAAUGGCAUACCGCCAGAGGCACCGGAAUCCGUGGAACAACGAGAGCAUAUAGAAAACAUGCUGGCCACCACCAGUCGACAAGUGAUGGGCGGUUUCCUGGGCGCGGCGGCCAAUGGAAUACUGGAGAAGCCACCACCGGCACAAAAACCAGUUGUGGUCGAUACUGAAAAGGAAUUAAAGGGUCAGAGCAUAAUGGAUGCCCUGCUGGGCAUGUUCACUACCAAAGUAAAUGCAGACGAGAUGAAGAAGGAUAAUUCUUCCGGCAGUUUGGCCAGCGGCUCGGGAACGCCGGCUUCAGCCGCGGACAGUCCGGAGCAGUUGGCAUCUCCCUCAUCGCCCUUUGCCGCUGAGAUUGGCGAUAAGCCCUAUGGCCGUGGACGUCUACUUUGCCUGGAUGGUGGUGGUAUUCGUGGCCUGGUGUUGGUACAAAUGCUUCUCGAGAUCGAAAAGCUAUCGCGCACACCCAUUAUCCACAUGUUUGACUGGAUUGCCGGCACCAGCACGGGAGGAAUCCUUGCAUUGGCUUUGGGUUGCGGCAAAACAAUGCGCCAGUGCAUGGGACUGUAUCUGCGCAUGAAGGAGCAGUGUUUCGUGGGCUCGCGGCCGUACAACAGUGAUUUUUUCGAGUCCAUUUUGAAGGACAACCUGGGCGAGUUCAACGUGAUGACGGAUAUUAAGCACCCAAAGAUCAUGGUCACCGGCGUUAUGGCGGACCGCAAACCCGUCGAUCUGCAUCUAUUCCGCAACUAUACGAGUGCCAGUGAUAUUCUGGGCAUUGUGACUUCCAUAAACAACCGUCGAAUUCCUCCACCGCCCCCGCAAGAGCAAUUGGUGUGGCGUGCUGCCCGUGCCACAGGAGCGGCUCCUUCAUAUUUCCGCGCUUUUGGUCGCUUCCUGGACGGUGGUUUGAUUGCAAACAACCCGACGCUGGACGCCAUGACCGAGAUCCACGAAUAUAAUAUGGCUCUACGCAGUGCUGGUCGCGAGGCAGAGGCCAUACCUGUGUCCGUGGUCAUGUCGUUGGGAACGGGCCACAUUCCUGUUACUGAGCUGAAGGACAUUGAUGUGUUCCGACCGGAAAGCAUCUGGGAUACAGCUAAACUAGCCUACGGCAUCUCCACCAUUGGCAACCUGCUGGUGGACCAGGCGACCUGCUCCGAUGGAAGAGUGGUGGACAGAGCUCGCGCCUGGUGCAGCACCAUUGGAGUACCCUACUUCCGGUUCAAUCCUCAGCUGAGCGAGGACAUCGCCAUGGAUGAAAAGGACGACCAGAAGCUAAUUAACAUGCUGUGGCACACCAAGGCAUACAUGCAUGCAAAUCGCAACAAGAUCAUCGAGACGAUCAACUUCCUAAAAUAGCAUGCAAGACGGAUUUAGACCGCAUUUGCUGUAGAGAUCUCUUCUCAGAGGGAUCCUUUCGAUAAUUCUCUGUGUACUCUGUAUUCGUUUCACUCCUUUUCAUUUUCGUUAAGCACCUUUUCUGCGGUCUAAAUCAGCACACUCGUUGGGACCUUCUCCCAAUAACACCGAACCCCUCCCACCACCUAGCAUGAAAAAUGAAUCUGUGGUUUUAACCCAAAAUUGAAAAAUGGCGUUUCCCUCUGCGUUCUUUGAUUUUCCCACUUCCGAGGCUUUAUCUCCAGGAUUACCAAACGAAUUACGCUUUGUAUGUUGUGUUAUUGGAUUUAAGAAAGAACAUUAUCACUCACUUUUAUUUCGAUGUUUGUAUUAUUAAUUCCCAGUUAUUGUAUGUAACCCUCUAAUUGAAUUGCGAGUUGAAUCGUAUGCUGGAAAAAACAUUCCGUUCAGCUUUGUUAGAAAAUUAAUAUGUGUAGUUGAUCAAGAAUUUUCAAUAAAAAGAUUUAUAGGUGUUUAAAACAGUUUUAA